AUGUCCAACACACCCAAUACCAAGCCCCUCAGCGACCGCGAGGCACUAGCCUUCCGCCAAAUCCCCACGAUGACCUUCUCCACUGCUUCCAACCCUCUAACCGCUCCUCUUCCCCCCGACCCGAGCGCCUCCACGCCAUCCCUCCGCGCCGCAUCGCGCUUCGCCGUCCCCGGCAGAGCCAUCAUCACCGGCGGUGCCGGCUCCCUGGGAAUGACGGUGGCGCGGGCCCUACUCGAACACGGCCUAACCGCGCUCUCCCUCCUCGACCUGCCCGCGACGAUCACGACCUCGACUGCCGCCCUGACCGAACUCACCACCUCCUUCCCCAACGCACGAAUCCACACCUACCCCGUGAACGUGACCUCCCCCGAAAGCAUAACCACCACCAUUACCACGGCCGUAACCAGCAUGGGCGGAGUAGAUCACCUCCUCUGCUUCGCCGGCAUCGUCUCCUGCACGCCGUCCACCACCGCCCCGCCCAGCGAAUUCACCAAAGUCCUCGACGUCAACCUGACGGGCUCCUUCCUCUGCGCCCAAGCCGCUGCAACCCACAUGAUCGCCCAAGGCACGGGGGGUAGCAUCGUCUUCACGGCCUCCAUCUCCGCCCACGCGACCAACUUCCCGCAGCCGCAGGUGGCGUACAACGUCAGCAAGGCCGGGGUGGUGCACAUGACGCGCAAUCUGGCGGCGGAGUGGGCCGUCCACGGGAUUCGGGUCAAUAGUGUCAGUCCCGGGUAUAUGGAUACCGUGCUGAAUGCGGGGGACGGACUGCAGCCGUUGCGGGAGAUCUGGGCGCAGCGGUGUCCGAUGGGUCGGAUGGGGGAUGUGGAGGAGGUGACCGGGGCGUUUGUCUUGCUGUGUAGUCCGCGGGGUGGGAGGUAUAUCACCGGAGUGGAUUUGGUGGUGGAUGGGGGGGCGAUGACUUUGUGA